UCCUCAUUCAAUAUGACUAACUGACAUUUGGGCUGCUCACGGUUUUAAACACAGCUCACUUGGCUCAGUAUCAGCUGACCAUCCAAAACGUUAUUUAAAAUCCUGCAGGAGAAGUUCAUCCAGAGGAAAACAAGCAACAGCUGAGAUGACACCUCUGAUGUUUAAAGAUGCUUUUUGGGGGUCGGAUUUGACCUGUCACGCUGGGUAUGGCGCUGUGAUCCAAAGGCUACGAGAUGGAAGGCAAAUGUGCAAAGAUGUGGAGGAGCUUUUAAAGAUGAGGGCACUAGCGGAGGAGAGGUACGGGAAGGAGCUGGUGACCAUUGCUCGAAAAGCUGGAGGACACACGGAGAUUAGCACCUUGAGAGCGUCAUUCGACCAAUUAAAAACACAAAUGGAGACCAUCGGGCACUUCCGCAUGCAACUUUCUGAUAUAUUGAAAGAGGAGGUGAAAAAGAUCGAGACAUUCAGAGAACGUCAGAAAGAGCAGCGGAAGAAGUUUGAAAGCAUCAUGGACAAGGUUCAUAAGAAAAAGAUUUCCUUCUUCAAGAAGACCAUGGAGUCGAAGAGGAACUAUGAGCUGAGAAGCAAGGAGGCUGACGAGGCCGAACAGGGCACUGAAAAAACUACCGUCACACCCAAAAACUCAGAAAAGAUACGUCACAGGGCCAAGCAAUGCAGACAGACAGCCAACGAAGCAGAGAAGCUGUACUUCAACAACGUCACGCAGCUGGAAAGUGUUCGCCAGGACUGGGAGGAAACACACCAAAGCACAUGUGAGGUGUUCCAGCAGAUGGAGGGAGAUCGAAUCGGCGUGCUCAGGUGUGCUCUGUGGGACCACUGCAACCACUUCUCCAUGCAGUGUGUCAAAGAUGAUGAGUUUUACGAGGAAGUGAGGAAGCUUCUGGAGCAGUGUGACGUCAUGACGGACAACAACUGUUUCAUAGAGACAAAAGGAACGAGGUCGCAGCCUCCAGAGCCCAUCGUGUUUGAGAGAUACUUCCCGACUGAGACGUCCCCACACAGCAAUGGCCAAGCACUUGUCGCAAGAGGAGGAGAGGACAUGAUGAGGAGAAACUCUUCGCUUCGCGGAAGUAUUCCGAACAUCAACAUGGACAGUGCUCGAUCAUCAAUGACAUCUGUUGUUGAGAUUUCAGAGGGAGGAUAUGCGCCUCUAACAGGCCUCCAGCAAGACACAUCACUGGCCACGUUUACAGCUGAUGAAGAGAGCUACAUUGUGCUUUAUGCAUACACUGCACAGGAGGAGGAUGAGCUGUCUGUAGGCAGAGGGGACGUGGUCCGAGUGUUGGAGCGAGAAGGGGAUGGUUGGUGGACUGUGGAGAGGGACGGGCUGACUGGACUGGUGCCAGGGAACUACCUGGGCAAAAUCUGAACACACGCACACACGCACAAUGCCAAAACACACAUUGCCACACACCAACUUAUGCAUGUGCUUAGAAAUAGUCUUUGCUUCCUGUGUCACAUUUGCAAAACUACAUAGAUGAACAUAAACACAUAUUGUGCAUCACUAUAGAUUCACUCAUAUACACAGUCCUUUGUCAAACGUCCUUGUUAAGUGUUGUUUUCAAACUAUCUGAAGUCUGAACUGAUUUAAAGUUUUAUGAAACUGUACUGAAAGCAUCAUUUAGCAGUUAUAACUGGUUGUUUAAACAUGAAAGGGGGAUUUUUUUUUUUUAUUAACAGUGAAUCAAUCAUACCGCUGUAGCUACAUUAUUACAAUCCUAGCUCCUGUGUUAUAAAGGCAAACAGUCUGACUCGCCUCCUUCCUAAAGCUCCCUGUCACAUGUGACUACAGCUGACAUGCACUGAACUCCAGCCAUUAUCCGGAGGGGCUUUACAUGUGAAACUAAAUGUCCGAGUGAGAGCCUUUCUGCUGACCUUCUCCGGCCAGCUCCUUUGUAAAAACUCCACGUCAGACUGAGGAAACAGCAGGAUUCACCGGCAGUGGGUGUGUCAGAUAUUUCAAAUUCAGAUGCAAAAAUUGAAAAAUCGAAAGGAAUACAAGUAUCUCAGGAUGAAAAUGCGGUGGAACACACGUAGAAGACACAGAGGAAGAUGUCAAGAGCUUUUGGUGAAAAUGGCCGACCCCCGUGUGGAUGUCCUGUCCACAAAAACAUGUGACCUCCGCAGCAGAAUGAACAUCCUGUCUCUGUGUGCUGCACCACAACUCACCUGAACGCUUAGAUUUCUGUGUUAAUCUGACCACAUCAUCUCCCACUGCGUUGUUCAUUUGUCUGUUACUGCUGGGAGGAUCAUCAGUUACCAUGGAGAUCAGCACACAAAAAGUGUGUUGUUUACACAGUACAUAGUACAUAGUACAUAGUGUUUUGUUGUUUACAUAGUACAUAGUGUUAAUAAAAUUGCAAUCACAUUAAAA